UGCGCGGUGGGAAGGUCACAGGGAGGUGCUGAUUCUAAGAAUUUGACAGCAUAUUUUCAACACUCAAGAUUGAUUUCUCAAGACUGAUCUUGCCUGAGAAAGAAGCCCGAAGUGGAAAGAAACGCCUCCAGAAUGGCUCUUUCCCAGGCACUGUUGACAUUCAGGGAUGUGGCCAUAGAAUUCUCUCAGGAGGAGUGGGAAUGCCUGGACACUACUCAGAGGGCUUUGUACAGGGACGUGAUGUUGGAGAACUACAGGAACCUGGUCUCUCUUGAUAUCUCUGCUAGAUUUGUGGUCAAGGAAUUACCACCAGAAAAAAAUAUUAAUAAAGAAGAAUUAUAUCAACCUGUGAUAAUGGAAAAGCAAGAAAGCUAUGGUAUUGAGUAUUUUUACUUCAAUGAUGUCUGGGAAAACAAGUAUGAAGUUAAGAGUCAGUGGGCACAUAAUGAACGAAAUUACAAAGAAGUGACUAUGACCCAUGACAAAAAUUACACUGGUGUAAGAGGGCAACAACUUAACAAAUCCUGGACUGAUUUACAACCAGAACAGUGUGUUUCUGUAAGAAAAUGUGCAUAUCAAUGUUUUAAACAUAACUUAUUUAUAAGGAAUUUGUUAAAACUAAAAUAUAACUUAGGCUAUGCAGGAAGAAAAUAUAGGAAACAUUUUCAAACUAACAUUGGGUUAAGCUUUCAGGCACGUCUGGCAAAAAUGCAGAGGUUUCAAACUGAGGAUAAAAUGUAUGGUUGUAAUCAAGUUGAGAAGUCUAUCAACAAUGGCUCCUCAGUUUCACUACUUCAAAGAACUCCUAGUGACAAAACCAACAUUUGUAGUAAAUAUGAGAAGGUUAUUAUGCAUCUUUUAUUACUCACACGACACCAGAAAAUACACACUGGAGAAAAACCUUACAAAUGUAAUGAAUGUGGGAAGGCUUUUAGCCAAUGCUCAAUCCUCAACAGUCAUCAUAAAAUUCAUUCUGAGCAGAGACCUUACAAAUGUAGUGAGUGUGGCAAAACCUUUACCAUUCAUUCAAAUCUUACUCAACACAAGAGAAUUCACACUAGAGAGAAACCUUACAAAUGUAAUGAAUGUGGUAAGGAAUUUACCAGACAGUCAUACUUGUGGGGUCAUGAGAGAAUUCAUACAGGAGAGAAACCUUACAAAUGUGAUGACUGUGGCAAAGCCUUUAACCGGCUUUCAAACCUCAGGAGGCAUCAGAGAAUCCAUACUGGAGAGAAACCAUAUGAAUGUAAUGUAUAUGGCAAGGAUUUUACCAUACAUUCACAUCUUCGGGGUCAUGAAAGAAUUCAUACUGGACAAAAGCCUUUCAAAUGUAAUGACUAUGGAAAAGCCUUUACUGAGCAUUCAAACCUUACUCAACAUAAGAGAAUCCAUACUGGUGAGAAACCUUACACAAGUAAUGAAUGUGGUAAGGAUUCUCCCACAUAUUCACACCCUUGGGAUCAUAAGAGAAUUCAUACUGGAGAGAAGCCUUUCAAAUGUCAUGACUGUGGAAAAGCCUUUACUGAGCGUUCAAAUCUUACUCAGCACAAGAGAAUUCACACUGGAGAGAAACCUUACAAAUGUAAUGAAUGUGGUAAGGAAUUUACCAGACGUUCAUACCUGUGGGGUCAUGAGAGAAUUCAUACAGGAGAGAAACCUUACAAAUGCGAUGACUGUGGCAAAGCCUUUAACCGGCUCUCAAACCUCAGGAGGCAUCAGAGAAUCCAUACUGGAGAGAAACCAUAUAAAUGUAAUGUAUGUGGCAAGGAUUUUACCAUACGUUCACACCUUUGGGGUCAUGAGAGAAUUCAUACUGGAGAAAAGCCUUUCAAAUGUAAUGACUGUGGAAAAGCCUUUACUGAGCAUUCAAACCUUACUCAACAUAAGAGAAUCCAUACUGGUGAGAAACCUUACAAAUGUAAUGAAUGUGGUAAGGAUUUUCCCACACGUUCACACCUUUGGGGUCAUGAGAGAAUUCAUACUGGAGAGAAGCCUUACAAAUGUGACGAAUGUGAUAAAGCUUUUACUGGGAGUUCAAAUCUUACUCAGCAUAAGAGAAUCCAUUCUGGAGAGAAACCAUAUAAAUGUAAUAUAUGUGACAAGGCCUUUAGUCAAAAUUCAAGCCUCACCGUUCAUCAGAGAAUUCAUACUGGGGAGAAACCUUACAAAUGUAAAGAAUGUGGCAAAGCAUUUAAGCAGUACUCAAGCCUCACUAGACAUCAGAAUAUACAUCCUGGAGAGAAGCCACACAAAUGUAAUAUAUGUGGUAGGGCAUUUAUCAAACUUUCACACCUGUGGGAUCAUGAAAGAAUUCACAGUGGAGAGAAACCCUACAAAUGUGUUGUAUGUAGCAAGGCCUUUAGGCAACGGUCUGACUUCAAGAUUCACCAAAGAAUUCAUACUGGAGAGAAACCUCACAAAUGUAUUCAGUGUGGUAAAUCGUUUAACCAGUUUUCACAAUGGACCAAACAUCAGAGAAUUCAUUCUAGAGGAAAUUAAAUCUCUAGUCCUUCUCAAAGAUUAAUCAAUCUCAGAUAUUAAAUUCUACAGAGUAACUACAAGUCAAAAUCAUUUAAAAGGCAUGACAUGUUGAGUGUCAAAGGAACAAGGAUGUCUGUAGAAAGGUCCAAUUAUAUUCAGUCUAUAAAAUAUUUUUAUUCUGAUAUUUGAGGUUUCUUUAAAAAGCUACAUUAUUAAUGUCAAUCAUUGGGAGGUGUGAAAUGUGUUAAUUUUAUGCCUUCAUCACAGACAUUUGAUGUGCCAUCAUGAUGUUCCCCUGAAAGGGAUCAGUAAGAUGAAAGCGCCUACUUUAUUAGGUAGGGUUCAUUCACAUUAAGGACUUUGAAUUUUAAAAUAUAAUACUGUAUAAAUGAGAAUGAGACUGUGGAAAGGGGAAGAGAACAGAUAUGAAACUAUAAACUUAAUCAUCAUAUUUAAUAUGUUCAGGGUCCCUUUCUACAAGUUUGUUGGUACGAUGGGGGGCCACUGUGGACUAUCAGAAAGGAGUGCUCUGCCAGCUGACCAUGAAACACAAAGAACGGGCCAGAACAUUGAGAGAUUGAACUUUUCAUUGCAGCAGUAUCAUAAGCUACCAGGGACUGCUUAUAUGGUGGAGUAAUAGAAGGGAAAUGGUCACUCGUUUGAAAAGAAAUAGAUGUUGUGUAUCAAAGAUUAAUGAAAAAAUCAUCGUACUCUUGGUAACUGAAUAAAGCAGUUAUCAGGGAGGAGAGAUGAAUCAAAAGAAUCAGAAUGCAGUACAUAUGUGGGAUUCACAUAACCACUGAUAUGCAUUUUGCUACCAUUUUAUUUAGAA